GGGCGCGAGAGGCAGCGGCGGCCGCUGGAGCAGCCGGCGGGGCCGAGGCGGCGAUCGGAGAGCGCGGAGCGAGCUGCGCGCGCGGGGCCGAGCGCAGGGCCGAGGGCCGGGCGGGCACCGCGCGGCGGAGGCCGGAGGAGCCGCAGCCGCAGCCGGAGCCGGAGCCCGAGCGCGAUCGCCGCCUGCCGGGCCUCCCCUGGCCACGGCCGGCCGCCGCGCUCCCGCCCGAGUGCCCAGCUAUGUACUCCCCGUACUGCCUCACCCAGGAUGAGUUCCAUCCAUUCAUUGAGGCCCUGCUGCCUCACGUCCGCGCCUUCUCCUACACCUGGUUCAACCUGCAGGCGCGGAAGCGCAAGUACUUCAAGAAGCACGAGAAGCGGAUGUCGAAGGAUGAGGAGCGCGCCGUGAAGGAUGAGCUGCUGGGCGAGAAGCCUGAGAUCAAGCAGAAGUGGGCAUCCCGGCUGCUGGCCAAGCUGCGCAAAGAUAUCCGGCCUGAGUUCCGUGAGGACUUUGUGCUGACCAUCACGGGCAAGAAGCCCCCCUGCUGCGUGCUCUCCAACCCUGAUCAGAAGGGCAAGAUCCGGCGGAUUGACUGCCUGCGCCAGGCCGACAAGGUGUGGCGGCUGGACCUGGUCAUGGUGAUUUUGUUUAAGGGGAUCCCCCUGGAAAGUACUGAUGGGGAGCGGCUCUACAAGUCGCCCCAGUGCUCAAACCCCGGCCUGUGCGUCCAGCCACAUCACAUUGGAGUCACAAUCAAAGAACUGGAUCUUUAUCUGGCUUACUUUGUCCACACUCCGGAAUCCGGACAAUCAGAUAGUUCAAACCAGCAAGGAGAUGCGGACAUCAAACCACUGCCCAACGGGCACUUAAGUUUCCAGGACUGUUUUGUGACUUCUGGGGUCUGGAAUGUGACAGAGCUGGUGAGAGUAUCACAGACUCCUGUUGCCACAGCAUCAGGGCCCAACUUCUCGCUGGCAGACCUGGAGAGUCCCAGCUACUACAACAUAAACCAGGUGACCCUGGGACGGCGGUCCAUCACCUCUCCUCCUUCCACCAGCACCACCAAGCGCCCCAAAUCCAUUGAUGACAGUGAGAUGGAGAGCCCUGUGGAUGAUGUGUUCUACCCUGGGACAGGCCGCUCCCCGGCCGCUGGCAGCAGUCAGUCAAGUGGGUGGCCCAACGACGUGGAUGCAGGCCCGGCUUCUCUAAAAAAGUCAGGAAAGCUGGACUUCUGCAGUGCCCUCUCCUCUCAGGGCAGCUCCCCGCGCAUGGCUUUCACCCACCACCCGCUGCCUGUGCUUGCUGGAGUCAGACCAGGGAGCCCCCGGGCCACGGCGUCGGCGCUGCACUUCCCCUCCACAUCCAUCAUCCAGCAGUCGAGCCCGUACUUCACGCACCCUACCAUCCGCUACCACCACCACCAUGGGCAGGACUCCCUGAAGGAGUUCGUGCAGUUCGUCUGCUCAGAUGGCUCGGGCCAGGCCACCGGACAGCCCAACGGUAGCGGCCAGGGCAAAGUCCCGGGGUCAUUUUUGCUACCACCGCCGCCUCCAGUGGCCAGACCUGUGCCCCUUCCUAUGCCUGAUUCCAAAUCCACCAGCACUGCCCCAGAUGGCGCCGCCUUGACUCCUCCGUCACCUUCAUUCGCAACGACAGGCGCCUCCUCUGCCAACCGGUUUGUCAGCAUCGGACCCCGGGACGGCAACUUUCUGAACAUCCCACAGCAGUCUCAGUCCUGGUUCCUCUGAUAAGAUCAACAAAGAAAAAAGAAAAUGAAAAGAAG